AAAUCUCUUUCUAAUGAGCUAUUCCACACUUUGAGGGACUCCAAAACCAGCUGUGACUCGCGUGCAGGCACAGUGCCACUGGGGUGUAGGGGAUCAGAACUGAAGAUUCACUCCCAAAAUAAUGGAGAAGUCCAGGAAGGCCUUUGUUGGUAUCCUCCUGUUUACUGUGUCUGUGGAAAUCUGCUUGGCUCAGCACUGGUCUUAUGGCCUGCAACCAGGAGGAAAAAGGAACGUGGACAAUAUGGAAGAAUCAUUUCAAGAGAUUGCAAAUGACAUGGAAAAAUUAGGGGAAGUGCAGAAGACGGAAUGCCCUGGCUCAUAUCAGCAUCCCAGAUUUAGUGAUCUGAAGGAAGCCAUGGCAAGUCUGAUCGAAGGAGAAGCCAGACGAAAGAAGAUUUAAACCCAUGAAGCCAAAGGAACAACAGACCCAGAAUAAAAUUUCAAAGCAACGUUAAAACCAAUUCCUCCUAAAAUGGAUUAGAUUUCAUGAUGUGAAUAAAUUCUGUGAAGUUG